ACAGGUUUUGUGCAAUACACAUAUACAUUCGAUUCAUUAGAUGCUAGUUCAUACAUUGCUCCACACUGGAAAGUAAAACCGAUCAAGCGACUGCCAGUGUGCUGCUGCGCUUCUUGGACGAACGCGGCUCUAGAAAACGUAAAAUUCAAAAAAAAAAGAACGAUUACAGCCUCGUACAAGCGCGCACCCACUCUGGCGUCUCUGUGUCGCUUCGCAGACAUACGACCUUCCGCAAGAGGCGCUCAGGGUUGAGUCCACGUCUUUCUGGGAGGAGCGCAGCCCGCUCGAGGCGCAGGCCAUGCUGGCCUUCGCCACCUCGGUGAUGGCCGAGACCGCGGACAAGCGGGUGCUGGUCGAGAUCAUGACGCCGGCCGUGGUGCACGUCGCCGAGAUUCAGCGCAUGUACCCGGCCUACUACGGCAUCCCCGUGAUCGUGGGCGCUUCGAGCAACUUCAUCAUGCCGGCGUCGAUGCCACUCGCUCUCCUGCACGAGAUGGCGCGGGUGCAGUUCUGGAAGCUGUUCCUGUUGGGCCUGUUCGCCAAGGUUAUCGUCAUGGCCAUGGUCAUCGCGACGGUCAACGCAGCCGACAGAGCUGGCCUCUUCGGCACUCAGACCUCUCCGGAAUGAAGAACCGGGGGAAUUGAUUGGGACGUGGCGCUGCAGACCUUGCUAUUGAUCGGUAUUGAUCUGUACUUAAGUAACCUGCUUCACAUUUUCGGACUUUCAGCGGUGACUUUACCGAGACCUUUCUCGAUGAACUUGUUGCUCUAAGGGAACCCUGCGUUAUGACUGCGACCUUUUGCACACCCGAUGUCCGACGAUUUCAGUUGACUGUGUCAUAUGCAUGCGACGUGUUUCACUCCAAUGAAGUCCAGCCAAUAAUUUAAAGGCAAGUCGUCGACACUUCAUCGGUGAACAUAAGAACUGGCCAUGUGAUCACGAAAGUAUGUACAUUGAUUCUUGUGGAUAUUGUAGUUUGUAUAGUUAACGCACGCAUGUUGCAUAUCGUUAGCGAUCUUAUCGGUGAAGGAUGCGCUCGAAGAGUUGACCUUCUAUCCUAAAGUUAAAAUAAUUAACGGUAC